UCUCUCUCUCUCUUUCAUCCGGUAAAGCUGGAUCAUCAACACAUCACCCAGCCACAGGAAUUCCCUAUCAACUUUCUUCUCUCUCCCUUAAACUGCUGAAAUUGAUCGUAGGCUAUAGUUUUCUUAAUCUAUUUCGAAAAUAAAUUCCUCUUUGGUCUGCAGUUUGUGUUGAAGAUCGAGCUUAAAAAAAAGAUCAAGGUAGAAAUUCUAUGGCUGAUUCUGUGGGAGAUGUUGAUCCUGCUUUUGAAGGAGCUGGACAAAAAGCUGGGAUUGAAAUAUGGCGAAUUGAGAAAUUUUGUCCUGUCCUUGUUCCAAAGUCCUCCCAUGGUAGAUUCUAUACAGGAGACUCUUAUAUAAUUUUGAAGACAACCGCGCUAAAAAGUGGCGCUUUGCGUCAAGAUAUUCAUUUUUGGCUCGGUAAAGAUACAAGUCAGGAUGAAGCUGGUGCAGCAGCUGUGAAGACUGUUGAACUGGAUGCUGCUCUUAGUGGGAGUGCUGUUCAGUAUCGUGAAGUACAAGGCUAUGAAAGUGAGAAAUUUCUCUCUUAUUUUAAACCAUGUAUAAUUCCUCAAGAAGGCGGUGUUUCCACUGGGUUUAAGCAUGCUGAGGCAGAAAAACAUAAAACACGCUUAUAUGUCUGUAAAGGAAAACGUAUUGUUCAAGUAAAAGAGGUUCCUUUUGCCCUAUCCUCUCUAAGCGAGGAUGACAUCUUUAUUCUGGAUACUGAGUCUAAAAUUUUCCAGUUCAAUGGUGCUAACUCUUCUAUACAGGAGAGGGGAAAAUCAUUAGAAGUUGUGCAGUAUAUUAAAGAUACAUAUCAUGAUGGAAAAUGUGAUAUAGCCACUAUUGAGGGUGGAGAAUCGGCUGAUGCUGAAAGUGGUGAAUUCUGGGACUUUUUUGGUGGCUUUGCUCCACUCCCUGAAAAAACAUCGACUGAUGACAACAGCUCGAAUGAUGUUUUUCCUACAAAGCUAUACAGUGUAGAGAAGGGGCAGUCACAGCCAGUUGAGGUAGAUUCUUUGAGCAAAGAGUUGCUAGACACAAAUGGAUGUUUUCUUCUAGAUUGUGGGAUAGAAUUCUUUGUAUGGAUGGGAAAAAAUACUUCAAUUGCUGAAAGAAAAAGUGCUAGUGGAGCUGCAGAGGAGCUAAUCCGAGGUCUUAAUCGUCCAAAAUCUCAAACAAUUCGUGUCAUGGAGGGGUCUGAGACAGUUAUGUUUAAGUCAAAGUUUGAUUCAUGGCCUCAGUCUGCUGAAACAGAUGAGGAUGAAGAUGACGAAUGAGUGUGCCAUAUUCUUAUCCAUUUCCCUGUAAUGUUUUUAAUUCUGGAUUGCCCUUGUGUUUUCAACUCCGAAUUCUGCUUUGGAGCUUUAUGUACUUGGAUGUGUGAUGUCGAAGUGGAUUAUGGGUUUUAAAAUGUUGUG